UCCAUCGAUCAUCAAUCAACAAGUAGAGCUUUUUUUCUCACAGACACAAAAGAAAAGGAUCGGAAGAAGAAAGAGAGAGUGAUGGGGAUGAAGAACAAGACAAUGUUGAAGCAGAUUGUGAAGAGAUGUUCGAGUCUGAGAAUUAAGAAGCAGGAAGAAGAUGAAGAAGAAGAAGAAUGUCUGCAACUUCCCGAUGACGUACCAAAAGGUCAUUUCGCUGUUUAUGUUGGAGAGAAUCGAAGCAGACACAUAAUCCCCAUCUCCUUCUUGUCUUAUCCACAGUUUCAGUCUCUUCUCCAUCAAGCAGAGGAAGAAUUUGGCUUUAAUUAUCUCGACAAUGGCAUCACCAUUCCCUGUCAAGAACAUGUCUUUCAGGCCCUAACUAAUUCACUCAUCUCAUCCCACCACCUGCAUACAACAAAUUCAUGAUCUUCUUAAUUAAUUUAUAAUAUCUAGCUAGCUAGCUAACCAGGUUCAGUUUCAGCUGAUCGAUCGAUCAUAUGAAAACCCAUGAUCAAUAUUAUUGUAAUCUCGUGGCUUUCUUAUAUGCACGUGUCA